AUGAGCUCUCCUUUGAACCCAUCCCACAGUUCCGGUGGCACUGCAACAGAACACAACUUCAGCCCCGCUCAGACCUUGACCGAACAAGAGCAGAAACUGCAACGGCUAUACGGCAACAGACUCCCAACAGCAAAGGGCCUCUUGGGGCAGAAAUUAAAGGAGCGCAAAUAUUUUGAUUCUGGGGACUACGCGUUGUCCAAGGCUGGAAAGACAACUGCACCCGUGGGAUCACAGCACCCUCAACCGGAGAAUAUCCCCCAUUCUACUCCAGCGACAGUGAACCAGCUCCACAACCACGGAUCACCGCCCGUCAAGGAGAGUUCGCUGAUGCAUGAGGCAGAGUCAGCACCAGAGAGCAACAACAAUACCAGCGCACAGCCGAACGUCUGA